AUGGCGGUGUUGGGGGAGUGCGCGUGUUGGGCCAGGCGACCGUUGCUGCCGGUGGUGCGGACUUGGGAACUCGACGCGCGGCGCUGGGUCCGGGCGCUGCGGCGCAGCCCCGUGAAAGUGGUGUUUCCAUCAGGUCAGGUCGUGGAACGGAAGCCCGGUCCCGGGAAGCAGCCUCGGAAGGCGGCGGCAGAGACCAGUCCCCGCGAACAGCGACUGAAGCAGUCGCGUCAGGUUCCCCCAUCCCAGACCCCCAGCACCUGGGAAGAGUCGGGGCUUCGCUAUGAUAAGGCUUUCCCUGGAGACAAAAGGCUGAGCAGUGUGAUGACAGUAGUUAAGUCCAGGCCAUUUCGGGAAAAGCAAGGGAAGAUCCUGUUGGAAGGUCGUAGGCUGAUUGCAGAUGCUCUCAAGGCUGGUGCUGUGCCCAAAGUGUUCUUCUUUAGCCGUCUGGAAUACAUAAAGGAGCUGCCCAUUGAGAAGCUGAAGGGUGUUAGCCUCAUUAAGGUGAACUUUGAGGACAUCAAGGAUUGGUCCGACCUAGUAACACCACAAGGAAUAAUGGGGAUUUUUGCCAAACCUGACCACGUUAAGAUGACAUACCCAGAGACUCAGCUUCGCCACACACUGCCCAUAUUGUUGAUUUGUGACAAUCUCCGCGACCCUGGGAACCUGGGGACAAUUCUGCGAUCUGCUGCUGGUGUAGGCUGCAGCAAAGUGUUACUCACCAAAGGCUGUGUGGAUGCCUGGGAACCCAAAGUGCUGCGGGCAGGUAUGGGCGCACAUUUCCAAGUGCCCAUCAUCAACAACGUGGACUGGGAAGCAGUGCCCAACUACCUGCCCACCGACACCCGCGUCUACGUGGCUGACAACUGUGGCCUUUACACGCAGGCCCAGGCCCAGGCCCAGAUGUCUAAUAAGGCCAGUGACUACGGCUGGGUAUGUGACCGACGACCCCUAAAGUUUCACAAGUAUGAGGAGGAGGAAGAGAAUCUAGAAAGUGCAGCCAAUAAAGGCUGGCUCCCUGAACUUGAGGUCCAGAGUUACGACUCAGACUGGACAGAGGCACCUGCAGCUGUGGUGAUAGGUGGGGAGACCAGCGGCGUGAGCCUGGAGUCCCUGCAGUUGGCUGAGAGCACAGGCGGCGGGAGGCUGCUGAUCCCCAUCGUGCCCGGUGUGGACAGCCUGAACUCGGCCAUGGCUGCGAGCAUCCUGCUCUUUGAAGGGAAGAGACAACUGCGGGUGAGGGCGGAACACUUGAGCAGGGACGGGAGUUACCACUGAGAGGGGACGUGGAAGCCAGUCCUCAGCUUUAGGUCGUCUCUGUGGUUAUUGGAAAAAUAAGAACUUCCCUGACUUUCUGCUUAGCCUCAAAAAUACCAAAGGUCAAAAUUCCUCCUGAGAUCUCCAUCUUCCCACCGACUUUUAUAUAUGUGUGUAUAUGUACAUUUGUGUGUGGGUAAGAGAGAGACAACAUAAGUAAAUGCUCCUCAUGGCUGUAUGUUUUUAAAAAUUGUCCACCAAGGAGCAUCUUUGUGCCCAGAAAGUUGCUGAGGGCAUCACCUUGGGUAGGGAGGACACCUCCCUCCACAGCCGGGGGUGCUCUGCAGUCGUGGAGCGCUGGUUAGAGGCCGGCCGUGGUCACUCACUCCUGUGAUCAUUGGUCAAUGGAAAUUAAACCCCUGUGAAGUGUAGGCCAGCAGAUUAAAAAGUUUUAUUUCAGUGUG